CGCCGGCGUUCGAAACGGUCGCAAGUGGAUUGAUGCUGUUUGCCUUUGCGGAAUAACGAUAACCGUCCGGAUUCGUGGAUGAAUACAGAUUACAACCAGUUUAGCAGGAUGACAAUGGACGUCCACCAGCACAGAAACGUGACGACGGCCGCAUCCUCGUCGCCGCCGUCGCGGUACUCGCCGCCAGUGGCCGCCGGCAUCGCGCAGCCGGUACAGACGUCGUUGCCCGAGGCCGUGGUCGCGCUGCACCAGAGGCCGCAAAAGCGAAGUUUCGACGUGGCGUUCCUGAUGGCGCCGGACGACCUGAGCAAGCGAAGACCGCGGCCACUGCAGGCCACGCAGCCCGUCGCCCGGUCGGCGUUCACCAAGGUGUCGCCGGACCCGCCGUCGUCACUGUCGCCGGCGUCGUCGCCGGCCACGCCGCCGCCCGCGGAUUUCACCGCUUACAUGCACCACGGACAGCUCCACCACCAGCAACAGCAACAGCUCCUCUCACAUCACCAGCCGCAGCAAGAGUGCAGCCUCAGCCCGCCACUGCCGCCGGCCGCGACGCAUUUCAUGUCACCGUUUCCGCUUGGCUUCCGGUCGCCGUUCGCGCUAAUGAUGCCGCCCCGGCCGCAGCCCGCCGCGGUCAGCUGCAAAGACUAUCAGUCGCCACUUCAACCACCGCCGCUGCACCACCACCAUCAGCAACAGCAGCAGCAGCAACAGCAACAGCAGCAGCAACAACAGCAACAGCAGCAGCAGCAACACCACCACCACCACCACCAGCUGCAGUCGCUGCCGUCGCCUUCGCCCCUGCAGUUCGGACAGGCAGCGGCUGCGGCGGCGGCCGUGGCUGCGCUACCAGCCAUGCUGUUACCCGCGUCCAUCGCCGCGGCCGCGCUCACGUUACCGUCGCAAAACGUGUGCGCCAAGUGCAACGUGAGUUUCCGCAUGACGUCCGAUCUGGUGUACCACAUGCGGUCGCACCACAAGGGAGGCGACGGCAGCAACGGCGGCGGCGCCGGUGGCGGCAUCGGCGGCGGCGUUGGGGGAGGCUCAGUGGCGGGCGUCGGUGCAGAUGCCAAGAAACGACGGGACAUGGACAAGCUCCGGUGUCCGGUGUGCGACGAGAGCUUCCGGGAACGGCACCACUUGACGCGGCACAUGACCGCCCACCAGGACAAAGAAGGCGACCGGCUCGACGACGAGGACGACGCGCCGAUUCAGCAACAACACCACCAGCCGCUCCAACACCAGCACCAGGGGGCUAAAUGACGCAAGUCGGCCGCGGGCGGACGGAGGCGCAACGCCUCGUACUCGCGCUUCGCGGACGACCAUCGCGUGUAGACGCACCUCCCCUCAUCGCUACUUGUACGACCUCCCCUCUCCCCCAUCGAGCACCCGUAUCUUCCCUGCAGCCGCGUUGACCGAAGAUCAUUGUUUGUCCGUCAGCGUACGAUACAUCAUAUUGUCGUAAUUCAGUAUAGGCGCACUGAGUCGCUGCACAUGGUGCACAGCGGUAUCUUGUUCGAAUGGUAUGUCGCGUGAACUUUCGUAGUGAGUGCACGAAAAGUCUAAGCCAACCAAUAGCCAUAUACAUAUAUCAUUACAGGUCCUCACACGAAGAUCUCUCCGGUCAGAAGACUCAUGUAUGUACAGAGUGUAUCACAACGAUCUGACAGGUUCAAAUGUAAUUUUAAUGUAAAAUUGUCACGUAUCCAGGAUACAUCGUGUAUUUAUUACGUAUAGCUUAACUCGACUAACUCGUGUUUACACGUAUUUAUGUUUUAAUUGAUUUAUUGGGGGGUUUUUUUACGAAUGAUUCAUAGUCGUAUUUUUAAUUCAAUCAGAUUUUUUAAAUUACAAAACAAAGUGACAUUUUAACGAAGAUCAGACCAUAGUGCCCUAUUAUCGACGUUUCAGUAUGAUAACUUUUAUAUAUUGAAAACAUAUUAUUCAUUGACAUACCUGUAAUCAGAAUAAAUAGAUUCGGGUACCAUUAAUUUAUUGUGGAUGUAAUACACUAUAAUAUAAGUAGUUGGGUCUUUUUAAAUGUACAUAUACCUCCAUAUUUCACACAUAUUUCGUAAUGUUAUAGUUAAUGAGAUUUCUUCUAUAGAGUAAUAUUACUCACAAUGGUUGUAACGUAUAUACCUAUACACAGUUGUUUUUUUUCACAUGCUUUUCAUGUUAUAGAAUCAUGUAGCUUUACGCGAAUUCGCGUUCAUAUAGGAUUAAAAAUUAACUGCGUCCAAGACGGCUAUAAUUUUCAAUUACUUUGCAUGGAUAAUAUGUAUAUUUUUUUUUUUACUCGAAUUCGAUUUUGGCCGGUCUUGUAGCUUUCUUUUUUUUAUGCAGUAUAUGUGUAUGUAUAUAUAUAUAUAUACACACACUUUACCCUCUAAUGCGAAAACAAGGGUGACCAUUAGGGUCGACAAAAAUGACAAAUGUCCAUACAAAUCAUAGUCGAAUACGAGUAAUAAUUAACCGUGUCCACGAGGGUUAGUUGAGGGGUGGGGAAAUUUAAUUCUGUAAUGGGGUCCGAUAAAUAGAUUAAAAUGCCCUUUUGGCCUUAAUAAAUAUUGUCACGUGAUCACUGUUUGUAUAAUUUUAGUAUUAAAAUUAAAUGGACCGAAAUCAAAUGAUAGCGAUUUUAAAAUUCAAUUCUAUAACAUUACAUCUGUAGGGCUACCUAUUCACGCACUAUAUUUUCCCAACGUGGUAUUACGUCAUGACGUAUGUAGUAAACUCGUUAAUAAUGUAUAGAUAUGUGUGUGUGUGUGUAUUAUCAUUGUUACUAAUUUUUUGAUAAACUAUAAAAUAUAUUCCGUUAGUCUGUAUAUCAUUUAACGUUUCGAUAAUAUUAGGUUCCAUAUCUUCUGUUCAUAAACAAUUUAUAUUAAUUAGCUACUAUUGAAUAAAUGGUUCAUAAUUAUUUAAAUUAAACUAUAACUAAAUUA